CCACCAAAAACCACCAAAAACCACAAGCACCAAAAAUGGUCGAAUAUAAGCGAGUUGCACAAGCCGGAGCCGCCGGAAGCCUCGGCGCCACCGUCUUCAAGGCGCUGAUCGAGGCGGGCUUCGAAGUGACGGCGCUGGUGCGCACGGCCGGCAAGCUCCCGAGCGAGCACGCGUGCAAGUACAAGGAGGUGGUGGUGGACUUUUCGUCGGUGGCGUCCCUGACGGAGGCGCUGCGGGGGCAGGACGCGCUGGUCAGCACGGUGGGGGCGACGGGGCUGGCCGGGCAGGACAACAUGGUGCGGGCGGCGGUGGCGGCGGGGGUCAAGCGGGUGCUGCCGUCCGAGUACGGGUGCGACAUAUCGCAGCCGGCGACGCACGGCCUGAUGCCGUUCCUGGACAAGAUCAAGACGGCGGCGCUGGUCGAGGCCGAGGCGGCCAAGCAGCAGCAGCUGACUUAUACCUUUGUCACCAACAACAUCUUCCUCGACUGGUGCCUCGAGUACGGCCUGCUCGGCGACCUGCGCACCAAACGCGCCGCCACCGUCGACGGCGGCAACCACCGCGGCAGCCUGACCCGCCUCGCCACCGUCGCCGCCGCCGUCGUCGCCGUCCUGCGCAACCCGGACCUGACCGCCAACCAGCGCGUGCGCGUCCACGACGGCGCCCUCUCCCACAACGAGGUCCUCGAGGCCAUCAAGGACGCCACCGGCCCCGACGGCUGGGUCGUCGAGGACGAGGCCUCGCCCGACGUCAAGGCCAAGUCCGACCAGGCCCUGGCCAAGGGCGUCUUUGAGCCCUGGGUCUUUGUCGGCUACAUUCGCACCACCGCCUUUUCCCCCGCCGCAAAGGCUGACUUUACCGGCAGGACCUGGAACGAAAAGCUCGGCAUCAAGGAGUACUCGCCCGACGAGACAAAGGGCCUGAUCAAGGAUAUCGUCAAGGGCAUCUUGGCAGCGUCAAAGUAGUGGUGACAUGGUUUUGUAGCGAGACUGGAGUUUGACGUUAGGGGUGGG